CUAGUUUGGAUCGGGGAGUUGGAUAAUCAUAACGACUAGAGACAAACAUUUGUUGGCCCAACACGGAGUGGAUCAAGAUAAUAUAUAUUGCCCUAAUACAUUAAACGAUCAAGAUGCUCUAAAACUUUUUUGUUUAAAAGCCUUCAAAAAAGAGCGACCCAAAGAAGGUUUUGUAAACGUCUCCCAUAGUGUUGUAAACUAUGCCAAAGGCCUUCCAUUAGCUCUUAUAGUUUUGGGUUCCUUUUUGGCUGGAAGAAGAAUUGAUGUAUGGAAAAGUGCAUUGGAGAGUUUAAAAAAAAUCCCAAAAAGAGAAAUAGUUGAUAUACUCAAAGUAAGUUAUGAUGGACUAGAGGAAAUGGUAAAGGAGAUAUUCUUGGAUAUUGCAUGUUUCUUUAGAGGGGAGAUGAAAUAUCGAGUAAUGGAGAUAUUAGAGAAUUGUGGAUUUGAUGCGGGAAUUGGUAUAAGUGUUCUUAUGGAUAAAUCUCUCAUAACCAUAGAAUUCGGGAAAUUCCAGAUGCAUGAUCUAUUAGAAGAAAUGGGUAGAGAAAUUAUCCGUCGAGAAUCAACAGAACCUGGAAAGCGCAGCAGGUUAUGGCUUUGUGAGGAUUUGCUUCAUGUAUUGACAAAUAAUACAGCAACAGAAGCAAUUCAAGCCAUAAUCCUAAAGUCUUUUGAAGAUGAAAGAGUCUGGAACUAUGAAGCCUUUCCUAAAGCCUUGUCAAAGAUGUAUAAUCUUAGAUUGCUUAUAAUUAUUGGUGUGCGCAUCCCAAAUGGACUCGAUUAUCUUUCUAAUAAUCUAAGAUAUCUUAAUUGGAUUGGCUAUUCUUCAAAAUGUUUACCAUCCAGUUUCCAACCAGAAAAACUUGUUGAACUUACUUUACCGAGUGGCAAAAUUGAAUAUCUUUGGGAAGGAAUAAAGCGGGAGCCUUGA